GCAAGGAAAGCUGGCUGAAACAGGAGUUGUAUGUCAGGUACAAAUAGACCGUUCCGUGUCACUCUUCCUUCACAGAGAGCGAGCUCUAAAACUCCAGGCACAGACUCGGAGAGAAAGAGAGAGAAUUAUUCAAAUUGGAAAGAUCAUUUCACUACUACCGUACCCAAAUUUAAACUUUUAAAGCCAUUUUUAGUUUUCUUUUCCCUACUCGCCUCCAAUUUUAAGGUUUUUAAAGCCGCAAUCCAUCAACCAAUUAGAUUUAUUAGCGCUAACACGUGCGAAUUUGCGACACUAUGCGACAACAAGACAUCUAUGCGUGCGCGUUUCAAGAAACUGGAAAUGCAGGAGCAGCAGUAAUUACAGCCGUUCCAAACGCGCCAACGACACAGUUACUACCUUGUUUUUUUCCGGCUGGAUGCGACAGUGUCAAAUUCAAUCAUGAGACUGGAGAGCCACUUCGCAGCCGGUUUUCGUGGUCGUCGACUACCACUUCCUUACCGACGGAAGACUUGGAGGAUGACAUUGAAGAAAGCACAACGAGUGCAAGUGGCAGCUCAAGCUUAAGACUACCACAGACCGUCGAUUCAAGUCCGCUAUCAUCGUCAACCUGUAUCAGCAGCAAAAACACUUGGUCAGACAUUCACUGUUCCUACACACAAGGCAGCCGGACACCCUAUUCAGAGCGUUCGGCAUCCUCAUCACGAAAAGCGACUUCGAUUCAAGCGCGGGCGCUUGAGUCCCCUUCACACGGCAAACACGGCUGGAACAUUAGACCGAAAUCAGCAUGGCUGCGUCCACGCACGCAACUGUUCGUAAAUUCCAUGGCUAGUCUACACAUUCCCACCGUUUCUCGUCGGCGAAGUGAAGAGAGCAUGUUGAUGCCGUAUAGCACAAACUUUGGUUGUGUCAUUUGUUAAAAUGGCCUGUAAAAUAAAAUCGAGCUGAGCUGGUUCAGCCGACUUAAUGAUUCAUCAUGAAAACGAGACUGCUUGCGCCAAAAGCAGUUUGGAAACGUUUAAUUUAGCAAGUUAUUUGCCCAUCACUCUUUAAAUUAUUUAAUAUAUAUGUGUGGAAGAAAAAGAACACAAGAGCGAGGGCGAUUAAAAAGGGAGCAAUAGAAAGAAAGAUA